AUGCCCAACGCAAAGGCCAUCCGCGAGCUCCGUCGUAUCUCCUACGCAUUUACCGCGAAAGGGGAGUUCCCUGACGUCGCCCAAAGGGACGGCUCCUUUGGUUUUACGGAAUACGCGUACGCUAUGGAGGCAUCCCAACCGGAUCUUCCACGAACGAUCCAAGAGGCAAGGGCCAUGCCGGACGGAGCGCAGUGGAACACAGCUGCAGAGCGCGAGAUCGCGAAUCUCAAGGAACGUCAAGUUUACAAGCUCGUCCCGCGCACAGCAGUUCCCCCAGGGAGAAGGCGGAUCAAGUCCAAAUGGAUGUUCAAGCGUAAGGCAGACGGCCCCUUCAAGGGGGGUUUUAGGUGGCGCAAGGCUGGAACCAAGUGCCUGAACUGGACUGCGGCAGCACCUACGCUCCGGUGUGCAGGCUGGAACCAAGUGCCUGAACUGGACUGCGGCAGCACCUACGCUCCGGUGUGCAGGUUACAGAGCAUUCGGAUGUUAGCGUGCAUAGCCGUGCAAUUCAACCUGGAGUUGGAUCAAAUGGACGUGUCCACAGCCUCCCUCUACGCUGACAUCCUGGAGAACGUGUUCGUCGAACAGCCACCUGGCUUCGAGGUCAAGGACAAGGAUGGAGGUGAUCUAGUGAUGCAGCUACAGAAGAGCCUCUACGGGCUGGCCCAAAGCCCCAGCAACUGGUUCCACACCAUCGACCCUUUCCUCGUUGAGAUAAGUUUCGUUCUGCUCAAGUCUGACACUUUGCGUCUACCUACAGCAUACAAGGACAUCUCCCCUGCGGAUAACAGGCUCAACAAAUCAGUUUGGUAGCUGUCUUGUGUGUCUCAUAUAUGUUAUGUUGGGAAGGUGCAGACGAAGGUUUUGGUNUGGCUAGUCGGGCGUUUUGUGUGUCGCACCCUUUUAGUCGUAGGACAUGCAAUCUCCAUCAGUUUACAAACGUAUUUUCAGUUUGGUAUU